AUGAAAGACGAUACACUCAUUCUUUCGUCACCACUAUUAACAACUUCACCUCAUUCUACAAUGAUUGCUGUUCCACCAACUGGUCAACAAUCAAUUACAACAACAUCUUCACUAUUUUCAUCAUCGCCUUCCUCAACUUCAGUUACACCGCCACCAGCAACCUUCUCACAACCAAUCCAAAACAUUCCGUUCCCAAAUAUGCCGGGUUCGUGGUUUUAUGAAGAAGGUCACGAAGGAUUGUCUUGUUCGCCGAUUAGCGAUUCUGAAGAAGCAGCAUUGUUUAUGAAUUCGAGAGCCGGUGUUCGAAAUGUGACACAAUCGGUUGAAGUUCCAAGUUCUGAACAUGUUGCCGAAAUUGUUGGAAGACAAGGUAAAUUUGCCCUAAGAUUUUGAAAUUUAGAUAUUCUCAUUGUGAAUUUAAAAUUCCUCUUCAAACAAAAAAAGAAUCGAAAUUUAUUCAGAUAUACACUGUGUUUUUAGAACAAAGCGCGUUUGUAGAAAAAUUGAGACAAAGAGAGUAAUUUACAUUUAAAUACUAAUGUCUCUUCAUUUUAUAGGAUGCAAAAUCAAAGCUCUACGUGCUAAAACUAACACCUAUAUAAAAACACCAAUUCGUGGAGAAGAACCUGUAUUCGUUGUUACCGGAAGACCAGAAGAUGUAAAUGAGGCAAAACGGGAAAUAGAGUGUGCUGCUGAACAUUUCACACAAAUUAGAGCAUCAAGACGUCAUUCGCAAGGUAUUUUGUAAUUAUCUAGUUAGACUUUCAACUUUAUUGCUUUUUCAGGAGGUGCUCCAGCUCCAGGACAUGUUACAACUUAUGUUCGAGUUCCACUUCGUGUUGUUGGAUUGGUUGUUGGUCCAAAAGGUGCUACAAUCAAACGAAUUCAACAAGAUACUCACACUUAUAUUAUAACACCAAGUAGAGAACGUGAACCAAUUUUCGAGGUAUGUUUUGAUGUUUUUUGUUUUGUUUUUCUCUCUUUACAGUAUCCUGUUUCAUGCCAUUAGAAUAUUUUUCGAACGUAGACACAAAGAAACAAACCGGGGCUUGUUUUUGUUUAUAUCUUUCCCUUCCCGUGUAAAAUGAACAAAGAGAGUGCGCAAGAACAGAUGUUGGUUGAAAAACAACCGAAAAUAUUUUAUUGGUUUACUAAUACCACCACUCGUGCAACAUAUUUUCUUUGAACAAAAACAAAAAAGAAUGAGAAGCAGAAUUUAUGACUGAUAUGAAUUAUAAUGACGAACAACGAAAUUUGAUAGUUUUGUUGUUGUUUGGGUUGGCGUGAUUGUGGUGUUUUGUUUGAAAAACAACAAUAUAAUGAAUAAACGAGAAACCAAUAUUUGCUCGGAUUUCGCGAAUUAAAAACAUAUUUAUUAACUUGCUUGGAGUAAAUUUCGAAUUGUCAAUUUUGAUUAGAAUUUUAAAUUAGAGAGUAUUUAGUCCACACAUUUUUCGAGGAAAAUGUUAUCUUAUUCAGAAUCGCAUAAUGGGUAUACAAGAUAAUGUAUUUUUUUCGAAUUUAGAAAAAGGCGAUUUAUUUUUUGACUUUUAUUGUCGAAUUUGAAAAAUGUGGCAGCCGUAAAACAUGAAAAACAGUGCAGAGCUGAAUGAAUGACAAAGUCAUUAUUUCGUCAGUCGCGUGCGGCUGAGCGUCGCGGCCAAAAAACAAAGGAAAAAAUAAAUAAUUGAUUGUUUUUCGACCGCGACGCACAGCCGCACGCGACUGACGAAAUAAUGACUUUGUCAUUCAUUCAGCUCUGCACUGUUUUUCAUUUUUUACGGCUGCCACAUUUUUCAACUUUGACAAUAGUGGUGGUAGAAGAUUUUCGAAUGAGCCCAUCCAUUUCCAUAUGUAUUUGUAUGUAACAACAAAGAUUGCCAUCUUUUUAAUUUGGUGAUCUCUCAUUGGAUGUAAUAAUUCUCUUGGGACUUUUUUGUUGUUGCAUCUCGUUGAAUAUGCAUUUAUGUACUAUGUAUGUGUGUGUGGAUAAUUUGGGUUGACACGAUUACCGUUUAAGAGGCAAAAAAGGAAAAGGAAGAAAGAUGUCACGCGAUGCCGCCAAUGUUGAAGAAAAAAUAGAUAAAAGAACAACAAUUUAUUGUGGAUGUCACGAUAGAAAAAAAGUAUUGAACUUUUAUCGGGGGUCUUUGUUUCUAAUAGAAUUAGUAAUUUGUGAAAGAAGUUUUUGUGUUGACCACUUUGUGGUUUUUCGGCUCAACUCACUUUAUGACUCGAUUUGAUGGCCGACAAUGCAAUAUGUCAAAUUGGUUUACAACUGAGAAUGACGAACAUUUGUAUAAAUAAGACAAAAGAAAGAUUUGUGGCAUUGAUCGGCUUAUUUCAAUACAAACUGGAACUUUUUGUCGAAGAAUUCGAAAUUGUUCAUUUCGAUCAUCACAUUACAGUUGAAUAAUUUGGGGGUUCUCUUCUCUCUCUCAUAGUGACAACACGUUGUUCAUCAACCUGAUUUUUCCUCAAUUUUCUGGUAGUAGUAAUUAUCAUGUUUAGAAGGAAAAUAAAUCGAUUUUAGGUGGUAAUUAAUGCCAUGCGUUUGAUUUUAUCUAACAAAAUUGAGAGGUGAAAAAUACAGAAAUGAUGAAGGGUAACAAUACAUCUAUUGGGGUCCACUUCGAAAUUAACCAAUUUCUUUCCAAAAAUGAUAUUUUCAGGUGACUGGACUCCCACAAAACGUGGAAGCUGCUCGUAAAGAAAUCGAGCAUCACAUUUAUCACCGAACUGGAAAUAUGCCAAUCACUGAUCCAUCAAGUGGUCUCUCGCAAUUCUCGAAUGGUAUUCCACUCAACCACGAAUCAUCGCUUCCGAAUGCAAAUGGGGUCUCACGUGGAGCAACUCCAGCUUCAAAUUCAUUUGGACUUUCGCAAGAUUUUUCGUCGAACGAAUUUACACGUCAAAUGGAGAAUAGCAUUGGAUUCGAUUCGUUGUUGCGUAGUUUCCCAUCAAUGCGCGGAUGUUUGAAUCAAGAUGCUUUCAGUGGAUUCCAACCACAUAGACAUUCACUUGGAGGAAAUGCCUCAUUGAAUGUAAGAUUUUUCUAUAUAUUGUUAUUUGUUUUAAUUAGUGUUUUGGACGGGAAUUCGGAAAUUACUUUGUUGUUAAUGCCAAGAUCAAAAUUCGUUGAAUCUUUUUUAUCUCCGAAUUUGUUCUAAGAGUUACUUUUCAUUCUCUUCCAAAGGCUUCACUUUUAUUACACAAUUAGAUAAUUUAACAUGAUUAAAAUUGUUUUUAUUAAUAGCCAUCAAAUGCUUUGAAUCGAAUGCGAAAUAUGACUGGAAGCACAAUGUCGAUCAAUGCAAAAUCAAACCAAAACGAGAUGAAUUUGAGUCGAUUGAUGGGUUAUGGACCAUGGUCAACUGGAGAAAACGGUUGGUUGAUUGAUAUUUUGUAAAACAUUUCAAUCAAAUAUCUUUAUUUUUAAAGAUAUCUUGUCGUCAAGAAACUUUGAUUCGUUUGGAUAUUCAUCAGUUUGGUCAUCAUUGAAUGGAAAAGAGGAGAAUAAGAAUUUUUAUCAGCAACAUCAUCAUAACAAUUAUCAACAACAAUAUAAGCAACAACCAAUGAAGCAACAAAUGCAUCAACGCAAUGACUCACCAACUAACGGGUACGAUUAUUUCUUUUUCUAUUUUUUUGAAUGUUUAUUGUCUGGGAAAAUAAUUUUAUUGUGAGAAAAUAUUUGUAGUAUUGAGUGUUUGUUUUUCAGACUAAUCUCAUUAAACGGUGGAUCAAAUGCUGGUUUCGGAAUUUUGCAAUCAAUUUGGAGUGAUAUGUCAGCUGCUGGAUCAUCAACUACUGAUUCUCCACCAUCAGCUUCACCAAAAUCAAGCUGUGAGAAUGAGAAAACGAUUAUUGCAUAG